AUGGCAAAUGGCGGCUCGGUGCCCCAGUUUCCUACCCAUAAUGCUCCUCGAGUUUGGCUCUUGACCUCGGGAGACUCUCCAAUUGGCAUUUCGGUUGCGCGCCAGGUGCUUGACCAUGGCGACUAUGUGGUGUCCGGUAUCAUCCAAGCCGAGUUCGAGAAUGACGGGGCUCGGAGUCAAGAGUUCAAGAGGUUUCUGUCCCAAGUGGGACGGACACCGGGAAUGAAAGAGCGGCUCAAGGUUGUGGCCCUGGAUAUUAGUGAAGCAGUGAUUGGGACAGUGGAAGAGCUUUCCGCCAGCUCAAGGACCCUGACGCUAGUUCGAGACCAGUUUGAGAAGAAUUUCUUCGGCCCGAUGAAUAUCAUCAAGGCUGUCAUCCCUCAGAUGCGCUCACAGAUGAAUGGUCACAUCAUUACCCUCACCGGCAUCACAGGUCAUCUCGGAACCCCAGGCUUGAGCAUGUACUGUGCGUCAGGGUGGGCGCUGGAGGGCUUUUGUGACAGCAUCGCCUAUGAGAUUGCGCCUUUUAACAUUAAAUUAACCAUUGUCCAAGCAAGCGUCGAGAUCGGGAUCUUGACCAACAAGAUCACUUCAGCGCCACCAAUGAAGGCCUAUACCCGAGAAUUUGGUCACACGGCUCCAAUAUUUCGAGGCAUCCUGGACGGCUUACUGAAUCGUCUCCCUGGUAUUCGUACCCAGUAUCCUCCUCCGCCCGAGACCGAAAUUCAGUCGCCUUCGUCAGAAGCGGAGAGGCAGAGCGGCCCGUACCUCCUCAGUCGUGACGAGGUUGUCAGCUUGUAUCCACCUCUCAGUCAUGCGCAUACAGAAAAACUGAUUGCAGAGACUGUCCAUGCAUUGACGGCCAUUGGUGGUCAUGAAAACCCGCCCGCCCGUCACAUUGUCGGCAUUGAGGGCGUGGCUAGCGUGAAGGAAAAGCUGAAAACUGUGAGCGAGGAACUGGAGGAGUUUGUAGACACCAGUGCAUCAGCCGAUAUUUUCGCCCGGCAGGGUGCUGGUGGGCCGGGGCGUGCAGCAAGUGUCGUAGACGUGGACAUCAAGGAUCUUGAGGGUGACAUCUUCGAUGCUUCAUUGGGGCUGAGAUAG